AUGUAUGCUAAAAUCCUCUUUCAAGACAUAUGGAGACUUGGGCUUGAUUGGGAUGAAGUACUACCUAAAGAGUUGCAAAAUAAGUUCCAGAAUUGGGUUAAGAGUAUUGCUGCUCUUAAAUACUGGAAGAUAAAUCGCUGCUAUUUCCCAGAAAUUUCAUGGAGUAAGUUGUCGGGUCUGGAACUUCAUGCUUUUGGUGAUGCUUCAGAGAAGGGGUAUGGAACUUCUGUGUACUUAAGAGUUCCCCUUGGGGGUGGGACAUACCAGGUGUCAUUUGUAGUAGCAAGGUCUAGGACUGUAACUUAUUGUUGUUGGACUGACUCAAAGGUUGCACUUGCAUGGAUAAAGGGUAAUCCUUGUAGAUGGAAGGCAUUUGUGUCAAAUAGAGUUGUUGAAAUUCAGAGUCUCACCUCCCCAUGUCACUGGUACCAUUGUUCAGGGAAGGAAAAUCCUGCUGAUCUCAUUUCUAGAGGGGAGUUAGCUGAGCCACUUGUAAAUUCUACUUUAUGGAUAAAUGGCCCUACUUGGUUGUCUGAACCUUUAACUUUAAGUGAUAAAGGAGAAACUGUGGAUCUACCUGUAGAAGAAAGUUACAGUGAAAAGAUCAUUUCUUGUGUAUCUGUGACAACUAACAUAUUUGAGUUUGAGAGAUGGAGUCAUUUCAAUAAAGCUCAUCAUGUAGUGGGUUGGGUUAUGAGAUUUAUAAACAAUGCCCGACCUCAUUCUGUGAAAAUGUCAGGUCCAUUGUCUUCUGGUGAGUUGGUUAAAGCCAAGACCAAACUGUUUUACUGUGUACAGAGAGAGAAAUUUGCUCAGGAAAUUGCAGACUUAAGAAAGGGUAAAUCUCCUGCAAGGAGUUCUCCUUUGUGUAGACUAGAUCCCUUUGUAGACGAUGAAGGCCUGUUGAGAAUUAAAGGACGUUUGGAGAAUGCAGACUUGAGUUUUGAAAGCAAGCAUCCUAUUAUAGUUCCUUCCGGUCAUGUUGCUAAGCUCUUGGUUCAAUUUCAACAUAUUUUCCUGAAGCAUGCAGGAGUAUCCACCAUUGUCUCUACAUUAAGAGGCAGCUAUUGGAUAGUGGGAGUGAGACGAAUUGCUAAAACAGAGUGUGUGUUCGGUGUAAGAGGUAUGAUUCCAGGGCUUGUAAUCAGCCUGCUGCACCCCUACCAGGAUUAA